AAGAGAAUUGGUACUAACCUCAGUUUACAAUGAACUGAAUCCUCAAAUCAAUGAGUUUAAUCACACUAAUCAAUUUAUUCAACAACCUCCUUUCAUUCGUUCUAAUCAUAUUGGAUCUUUUCACCUACAUCCUUAUUACACUAGACCUGUUCAAUAUCCUCAGCAACCUCUUACUUUUAAUGGACCUUAG